CAUACAUACAUACAGCAUUCAUGGAAUGAUCGUAUACGUCUUUGUGGGGCCACCCAUGAUAUUUAUAUAGUAGAAUCCAAACCGUGAAUCUGGUGCUGCUCCUCAUUUUCACUGUACAUCUCCAGAACCAUCCGAUCCCAGACUCAGCUUGGUAUUCUUCAUUAAACAUCUCAGUUGCAUUUGGGCCGAACUACCAUUGAAGUGAAAUGACGACUGAAUGGGUGAACAAGGCCCAUGGCCUUCAUGCUUCCCGACAAGAUGGUGAAAGCAGAAGUAAGAUAUGGAAAGAUAUAAACCUUCCUCAACAAGCUCCGCAACCGUUCAAAAUAGCUCUCUGCCAACUGUCAGUUACUUCGGACAAGCUGAGAAACAUCACUCAUGCACGCAAUGCGAUUGAAAGUGCUGCUGGAAAUGGGGCCCAGCUUGUUGUUUUGCCUGAAAUAUGGAACUGCCCUUAUUUGAAUGAAAAUUUCCCAAAAAACGCUGAGAAUUUUGACAAUGAAGAUGCGUCACCAUCAUUCUCAAUGCUAUCUGAAGUCGCUCGUGUUUGUGGGAUCACGGUAGUUGGCGGGUCUAUACCGGAAUGGAGUGAUGGUCAGUUGUAUAACACCUGUUGUGUGUUUGGCAUAGAUGGAAAGCUAAAGGCUAAGCAUCGGAAAAUACAUCUGUUUGAUGUCGACAUUCCGGGGGAUAUUACCUACAAGGAAUCUGACACUCUUUCAGCAGGAGAGAAACCCACGAUUGUAGAUACAGGUAUUCAUGACGUUGGGCGGAUUGGAUUGGGCAUUUGUCAUGAUAUCCGCUUCCCAGAACUUGCCAUGUUGUACGCAGCAAGAGGUGCUCAAUUGAUAUGCUAUCCUGGAGCAUUCAACAUGAGCACUGGUCAGUUGCUAUGGGAACUAAUGCAGAGAGCAAGGGCAGUGGAUAAUCAGUUAUUUGUGGCCACUUGCUCACCGGCUCGAGACACUAGCGCUGAUUACGUUACGUGGGGCCAUUCAACUCUUGUUGGACCAUUUGGAGAAGUAAUAUCAACCACUGGGCAUGAAGAGAGUACUGUCAUUGCCGAGAUCGAUUAUUCUCUUAUUCAACUCCGAAGGUCAAACCUCCCUCUUGAGAAGCAAAGGCGGGGAGAUAUAUACCAGCUGAGGGGGGUCCAUGGACUGGAUUCUGAAAAAUGACACUUUAAUCACCUGCUUAUCUUUUGAUUCAAUAAAAUGAGAGCGCAGGUGACAAUGGCAAAGGAGGGUCUGAUCGAAGGGUUUGCAUCCCAGGAGUGGCGGAUGAGACAGAUGAGCUCUUCAAGCCGUCCAUCGUCGUCCGUAGGAAGUGUAGGUCUGAGCCUCCCAUUCCCAACUUCUCGUGCAAUCUGUUAGGAAGAUGUGGUAAUGAGAAUCAGUGAUUAUGGGCCGGCAUUUUAUACUAAUGUUUAAAUAUCGUCCAAUAUCAGGACAUAUAGCCGAAUGUGUACUGAUCAUGGUUUUAAGACUCAUCUGAGUCGGGUGCAACUCGGAUUCGGCAAUACCCGAUCCAGUUCGAGUCACCCCAGACUCGGGUGAUUCUUGACUCGAGACUGAAUGAGUUGAUCCGAGUCGCCGAGUCUAGAAACCAUGGGGCGAUUCUGGUGAGUCUUGACUCGACUUGACUCGAGACUGAAUGGGUUGAUCUGAGUCGCUGAGUCUAAAAAUCAUGGUAGUGGUAUCAUGCCUCUGUCUAAGGUGAGACCUGAUACACUGAUUUUAAACCUUGAUUUAUAGUGGGAUUUGUUGAUUGA